AAUCAAUGGAUAACAAUAACGAGAAUGAUGAAAAUUAAGAGCUUCUCAAUGAGGAAGAAGAUGAUGACUUUCCUGAGUAUGCCAAUGAAGCAAAUAAGGAACUAAAUGAGAAGGUAUUUAUAUGAGUAAUUUGAAUAAUAGAUAAAAUAUAAGAGAAACAUAAUUCGUGACAUCAACUCAAAGAUUGAAGAAAAGAGUGAUAAGUUAAAAGUGCUUUCGGAACACUUAAAGAACAUUUAAUAAGAAUUACUUCACACAUAAGCUUUGGUAUGAAUUGAAUAAUAUGUAAGAUUGACACAAAAAACAAAGAAAUUGAAACUGAAGACCAUUUGAAAUAAAUAACAGAACGAUAAAUUGGUCGACUUUAAAAUGAAAUGACUAAAUAAUAAAAGAUGUAUAGUAUUGAUAGUUAUUUUUAGAAUGAUCGAGUAAUAAGAGAGACUCAAUGAUGUUUAGAAUUCAAUCUAUAGAGGAAAUGAAAGAUUAGAUAAAUAUAAGAUUGAAAUGAAUUGGAAUUAAGAAGAAUUAGAAUAGUGGGUUUUAGCUGCCAGAUAAAAGGAAGAAGACUCUUUAACUAUGGAGAAGUAUAAGAGAGGAGAUGAAGCUAAAAUUAAAGAACUUAAUCUCUAAAUUGAAAAAUUGACAGUCGAAGUUAGUAGAAGAUAAAAUGAAUUAGAUAGAGAAAUUACAGAAACAUAAACUGCUUAAAUUGAAUUAGAUAAAACAGCUGAAGAAUUUAGAAGAUAACAUGAUGAACGUCAUAAAUUAUUUUAAUAAUGGUAAGAAGUAACAGAUAAUAUUGCAAGAAGAGAUUAAGCUAUUAGAGAUGAAUCAGAAAGAUAUGCAGAUAUCAAAGCUUAAAUUAAAGCAAAUUAAUAAGAUCUAGAAAAUAGAAAAUCAUAAUUGAUGAAUGAAAAAUAAGAGAAUAAAUCAGUUGAAGUUUAAAAUUAAUAAUUAGAAAGAACUAUUAUUCAAUAAAGAUAAUCUAAUAAAGACAUUGAAUUAGCUAUUGAUAAUCUAAAGGCAGAUGUUGAAAUACAAAAAAAUUAACUCUCUGCUUUUGCUACCGAUUUAUCUAAUAAGAGAAAUAGAUUGGCUUAAAUGUCAUAAGAACUUUUGAUUAAAAAAUAGAGAUUAAAUAAUGCUCAAAAAAAAUAUGCUAGUGAGAAGUAGAAAUUGAAAUUAGAAGAUAUUUAACAUUAGGAAUUUGAAAAAUAAAGAAGCAUGGCAUCAGAUAGAUAUAAGAAUUUAGAAAAAUCAAGAAUUGAUUUAGAUAAAGAAAUUAAGUUACAAAAAGAAGUUUUAUUCAAAGCUACUUAAGAUUUAUUUAAGUUGAGAGAAAAUGAAGCAAAUCUAUAUGGAGAAAUUUAAGCAAAUGUGAGUGCUUGUCGUAAUUACUAAGCUCAUAUAAAUAAAUUGAUCUAAGAAUUUUAAAGAUAAUAAGAAUUAUUGUAUAAUGCAGAAUAUUAGAUACAAUUAAUGGAAAGGAGAGUAGCAAGAGCAAAAGGAGAACGUACUUUAGAAGAGAAGAAGGAUUUGGAAAAUGAAAUAAAAGAGAUAGAAGAGAAGGUGAAUUUAUAAAAGAAAGAAUUUAAAACAUUGUUAUUGAGUUUGAAAAGAUUAGAUGAUGAUUUAAGAGGAACAGAUAGGUAAUUGACAGGUACUAAAGCAUCAUAGACAAAAUUGAAGUAAGCAAUAGAUGAAUUAACUUUGGAGAAUGAUAUGACAUAUUAAGAUUUAAGUAAGAUAGUAAAGUCAAAAGAGGAAGUAUUGGUUUAACAUGAUUUUAUGAAAUUGGAAAUAUAGAAAAUUUAAAAAGUAGUGACAACUGCUGUUGAUAAAGUAUUUAAUUUAGAGAAUCGUAAAUAUCAAUUAGAAAUGGCAAUGUAAGAGAGAGAAUAAGAGAUUUAAGUACACAAAGAUGUAUUAGUGGCUGAACAUAAGGCAGCUGAAGAGGAGAGACAUAAAAUAGCAGUUGAAUUGGCUGAGAGAUAAAAUAGAGUGAAGAAUUUAAGAAUUAAAUAUGAAUCUUUAGUUUAGAAAAAUAAAUCAUCAAAUGGAGAAUAAGAUACUUAAAAUAUUGAAGAACAUUCAUAAGCUUAUUAUAUUAUUAAGGCUUCAUAAGAAAGAGAAGAAUUGUAGAGAAAGGGUGAUGAAUUGAAUGCUGAAAUCAUUAAGAGAGAUUAGGAAUUGAAAGCUUUAGAUAAUACAUUAUCUCAUUUAAAGAAUAGAAAUAGUAAAUAUAGAGAUAGUUUUUUGAAUAAGGGUAUUUCUUAGAAAGAAGUAUCACAUAGAGAUGGAUUGGAAGAAUAAUGUAGAGCAGCUUCUGAGAAUCUAUUUAAAAAGAAAAAGGAAUUAUAAAGAUUAUAAUAAGAAAUAGAUGAAGAUAUGAGAAGAUUAACUGAAAUUUAGAAUAGAGUAUAUAUCUUUAUUUUUAUAUAGAUUGAAAUAUUAGAUAAUUAAGAGAGGGAGGUGGAGAUGUAAUUAUAAAAAAUAGAAAAAGAAUUAUAAGAUUAAUCAGAUAAAAUUACAAGAGCAGAGAAUAUUAAGAAUUAAAAAUUAGCAAAAGUAUAAUAAAAAAGAAUUGUUCUUGAUGAAUCAAAUGCUCAUAUUAGUGCAUUAGAAUUAGAUAUUCAGAAUAAUUUAAAUAAAACAUUAAAGACUUGCAUUUUGUAAAUAUUUUACAUUCUAUCAAUUACUUUAGUAAUUUAGUCUAAGAGUUUCCAGAAAUGCAGGCAAUUAUAGAUGCAGUCUUUUAAGAGAAAAAUGUAACUGUUCCUAGUAAAUAACCAUCAUCUGUUGGAGUACCCUCUGUUAGAUCAUCUGUACGUUCAGCUUCUUCUCAGGGCAGAAGAUGAUUAUGAUGAUAUUAAUAAGU